CGAGCUUUGAAAUUAAAGGCCCAAAUUCUGAAACCCAACAUAUACUCUUCCAAGCCCUAAUUCCCUUCACAAAACCUCGCUUCCAACGCUUCCGCUCUCACUCCAAACCCUGCAUCUCCUCCUCCUCCUCAGCUGAUCGCUUCUCAUCAUGACGUUUAAGAGGUUCGCGGAGAUUGGAAGGGUAGCCCUUGUCAAUUACGGCGAGGACUACGGCAAGCUUGUCGUCAUUGUCGAUAUCGUCGAUCAGAACCGGGCCCUUGUUGAUUCCCCAGACAUGGUACGUAGCCAGAUUAACUUCAAGAGGCUUUCUCUUACAGACAUCAAGAUUGACAUCAAAAGAGUUCCAAAGAAGAAAGCUCUUGUUGCUGCUAUGGAAGCUGCUGAUGUCAAAGGCAAAUGGGAAAAGAGCUCAUGGGGAAGGAAGCUCAUUGUUCAGAAGAGAAGAGCCUCUCUUAAUGACUUUGACCGCUUCAAGCUGAUGCUCGCCAAGAUCAAGAAGGCUGGUGUUGUCAGGCAGGAGCUUGCAAAACUUAAGAAAGAGACUGCAUCUUAGAAAGCAUAAGUUCUGUGGUUUAUGAGAAUUUGGCUUAGGAUUUUGGAAAUUGUUCUUGAAUACUUUGCAAAUGUAAGGAUACUCCAAUUUUGCUCAUUUAUGUUUGAACAUGAAGGUUUUAUAUUUUUGCUUGUUGAA